UCCCUCCUUCGACUGGAUCCCGGAAGUGCCUGGAUGGCAGCUGACACUUCCUUGCCAGCUACCAGCUGUUACCUGGAUGAGGAGGCCUUCCGUCGGAGCUGUGAACUCUUCUUGGAGCACUCCCACUCUCUCGGAGAUGGAUGGGCCUGGGAGAAGUUCUGUGGGUCGGAGACAGAGGGCUUCAUGCAUAAGACAGUCAUGGUUCCCUACAGAGUCAGUAGCUUGCCAUGCCAGAGGGCACCGGGGGAUGACGCUGAUGCCCUAAUGGAAGAGGAGCAGCUAAGUGACCAGGAUGAGGCUGCCAGAGAGCUGACGGCGGAGGCUGAGGGCCAGGCGGCGGUGCGGUAUGAAUACCACGUCGUCUACUCCUGCAGCUACCAGAUCCCCAUCCUCUACUUCAGGGCGUCCACCCUAGAGGGCAGAUCAUUGUCAUUGGAAGAGGUGUGGAAUAAUGUGCACCCCAACUACCAACAGAGGCUACGGCAAGGCCCGUGGGACACUAUUACCCAACAGGAGCAUCCCUUGCUUGGCCAACCAUUCUUCAUGCUGCACCCGUGUAAGACAGAGGAAUUUAUGAGGCCAGCACUGGAAACCGCACGUGCUGAAAAGAAGGGGGUGAACUACAUAGUGACAUGGCUGAGUGUGGUGGGGCCAGUGGUGGGGUUGGAUGUUCCCCUGAGCUACGGGCUGGCAGUGCCACCUGCACCUGAGACAGCUGUGACAACAGUGACGACUACAUCAGCAUCAGCAUCAGCAUCAGCGGUAGUAGCAGAAGCAUCAUCAUCCACGUCAGCGUCAACAUCAAUAUGUGCAGCAGAGAAGACUGACUGACCCUCAUAUGUCACUGUCGCUGUUUCUGUCUCUGUCUGUCUGUCUGUCUCUCUCUCUCUCUCUCUCUCUCUCUCUCUCUCUCUCUCUCUCUCUCUCUCUCUCUCUCAUACGCACACACGCAUGCACACACAGACGCAUGCACACACGCAUACACACGCACAUACACACACUGCUGUCCUCCUCGGCUUCUGUGCUCCAUCUGUGGCAGCCUGGAUCGUGCCUGUCACCAAUGUCUUCUGGGGUAGCAUACAUGUCCUCAGAGCCUCGUAGCAUAUAAACACACACACACACAC